UGUUCAAAAGAUUAACUAGAAAAUAUUACAAUCUAUCUUACCUUUCAGGUAAAAAUGAUACUAACAAGUAUUGGUCAGUCAUUUACUCAUCAGUUGUUGUGUCUGGUUUUCAUCAUCAACUUUAGUUUGACCUUUUGCUUUCAAAGUGAUUACCAUAGAGAUCAACAUGAUAAACCAAACGGUGAUGAUAAUGAUGACCAGUUGGUUGCUAUUGAAAAUGGUUUGGUCAAGGGAAAAUUGGAAACGAUCCUUGACCGUAAAGUGACCAGUUACCUUGGUAUUCCUUACGCUGAGCCACCAGUGGGCGAUGGAAGAUUUCGUAAGCCUAAACCUUUUAGAACAAAGUUCGAUGGUGUUUACAAUGCGACUUAUUUUCGUCCCGCUUGUAGUCAAAAAUUGGGGGACGAAGCACCGGAAAAUCUUGGUGGCGUUUCUUUCAGCGAGGAUUGUCUUCAUUUGAAUAUUUGGGUGCCUCAAUCAGAUCACACUCAUCGAUUUGAUCGACAUUCUAAUCGUCAUCGACCAUUAAAACCCGUUCUGUUUUACUCUUUUGCUUCAGCUUUUCAUAAAUCUUCACCCGCUCGACCAAACAAUCGAGGUGAAUAUUUAUCAUCGGUCGGUGACAUAAUUGUUGUCACACCAAACUACAGGAUCGGAUUUCUCGGAUUCGCCUGUUGUGGUCAAGAUGAUGAUGAUAUGCCAGGUAAUCUUGGACUUUACGAUCUUAUACUGGCCUUAAAAUGGACGCGAGAAAACAUCAAACAUUUCGGUGGUGAUCCAGAAGCGAUAACACUUUCAGGUUCAUCGGCUGGAGGAAUGUUAUCAAUUCUGUUGCUUCAAUCAGGCCAAAUUCCCGACUCAUGGAUAAAUAAUAUCUUCAUUAUGAGCGGAAUACCAGCCAAUGAGGUGACCAUUGAUUCAGUUGAUGUUUCAAUUGCAAAGACAAGAUUAAUUGCUGAAAAAGUUAACUGUUCAAAAGUUGCUCAUAAUAAUCAAUCUUCAUCGGAAGUUGCUCCAUUAACUAAGGAUGAGGUUAAUUGUCUACGUGAUUUAGAUAAUUUAACAGCAGUCUUCAAAUUACAAGAUUCAGAGGAAAUUAUUUCAAUCGGUGAAAGUAUUAAGAAUGGACUGAUUCCCGUUUAUGGUGAUAAACUCGUUCCAUCAUCACCAGAAUUUACCUUCGACCGAGGAUUCAAAUUAAAUCAUAUUAAUCAUAAGUCGUUCGUUAUUGGUAAUGUUGAAAAUGAGGGCUAUUGGAAAAGUGACUUUUGGCCUUCGAGUAAAACGGAAGCUUUCGGGUUACUGUUACCUAAGUUGAGAUCAAUGUUGAAAACGGAUUCGAUUGAAACGAUCAAGCGACUUAAUCAAACAAUUGAUUUCUACUUUAACUCAAUUGACGAGAAGGACGAUUACAUGAUUAAUAAAGCGAUCAACCAAUUUUACUCUGAUUGGGCCUUCAUAUGUCCAUCGAUUGGUUAUGGUCAACAUUUAGCUACCCAAGGUAAUCUUGUCCAUUUCUACUUGUUCAAUUAUGUCCCGCGAAGUUAUUCAACGUCGAAUGAGCGUCCAUUUGGUGCUACUCAUGGAGAUGAUUCCAGGCUAUUUUUUGGUCAUCCUUUUCGUGACCUUUAUAACUACGACCAUCAUGAUAGAUUGGUGAGCCGAAGAUUGAUGGAAAUAUAUUCAGAUUUCGUUAAGAAUCGACGACUUUUUUGGCCUCCGAUUUUAACCAAUAAGUUUGGUAAAGUUAAACCUUUGAGGUGGAAAAUAAAUGGUCACUUUGAUGAUAAGGUAGACAUCGAUAUUGUGCAUUCAGCCGAUCACUGUGAUUGGAUGAAUAAGCUAAGAAAUUAUAAAUUGUAUGAGAAAUUAGAUCAAGAUUCAAUUGAUAAUCAAUUGUGAAUUAAAAGGUAUCCUAUCAGAUAUAAAUUAAGACAAUUAAAUCGAAAAUUUUCUGUACUCUAAUUUUGAAUGACUUUAAGUUCCCAUUGAUCUAAUAGAAUGUUAUAUGUAAUUUUUGAAUGGCAAAGCUUUAUUUUUACGGAAAAAGAAAAUUAAAUGAUCAAAUUAGUACACAAUAUGUUGAGUUUCACUUACAGUAGUGAUUUCACUUAGAUUUUAUUGUUUUUGCCCUAUUGGGCGAUUAGAGGAGCUUAAUGGCGCUCUUCUAGACCAAAUUACAAAUUUUGUUUACAACAUUUUGAAUUGGGGGGUUUACAAUUUUUCAGUUGGGUAGGCAAGCCAGGAUUGAACCCGUGUCAUCGUGGACUAGAGCCUACGACACUAACCUCUUGGCCAGCAACUCACU